UUUUGAAGCUCUCGAGCUUCCAUACAGAAUAUAUAACGACCAAAGAGAGAGAGAGAGAGAGAGAGAGAGAGAGAGAGAGAGAGAAGAAAAAACAUAUACCCUCUUUCUCUGCUUUUUUGUUUUCCCGUGACUUUCAAAAUCUUUCCUUUCAACAUACUGAUUUUUGCUGUAAAUAUUCUCACAUAAUAUUCAUCAAAUUAAUUAAGUUUUGUUUUUCAGGUCGGUUUUUGGAGAACAAUGGAGAAGAUAGGCAGCAGCCGGAGACAAUAUCGUUUGGCACUUGGGUUAUCAGCAAUGGUUGUCGUAUUGUUUUUUGUGUUUUCUGGUUUUUCCGUGAAGACCCCAGUAAGAAGAGUUCUCAGGAGCAUCAGCCGCCGAGAAUUACGAUCGUCUACUGGGAUCAAGCUAAUACGUCGGCAGGUUGUGAUGGAUAAUGGGCUUGUCCGGGUCACUUUCUCGAAUCCGGGUGGGGAUGUAAUUGGAAUCAAAUACAAUGGAAUCGAUAACUUACUUGCCAUUGAUAACGAAGAAAGUAACAGAGGGUAUUGGGACGUAGUUUGGAACAAACCAGAAGAGAAAUCUAUUAACAUUGACAGAUUACAAGGAACAAGAUUUCAGAUUAUAAAGGAGGACCACAAACAAUUAGAAAUUUCUUUCACAAAAACAUGGAGAAUUUCCAUGAAUGGUACCACAGUUCCUUUGAACGUGGACAAAAGGUACAUAAUGCUUGCUAAUUAUUCUGGGUUCUAUGCAUACGCUACAUUUGAGCGCCUUGACGGAUGGCCAGCAGUGGGAAUGGAUCAGAUUAGGAUUGUUUACAAGCUUCGACAGGACAAGUUUCAGUUCAUGUCAGUAUCGGACGACAGACAAAGGGUGAUGCCAACAAUUGGGGACCGUGAAAAAGGAGAGAAACUUGCUUAUCCUGAAGCUGUUCUCUUAACCAAUCCGACCAACUCUGAACUUAGAGGAGAGGUAGAUGACAAAUACCAAUAUUCAAGCGAGAGCAAAGACAACAAAGUCCACGGGUGGAUCUCUUCUGACCCACCAGUGGGUUUCUGGAUAAUCACGCCCAGUAGCGAGUUCCGAACUGCUGGCCCCAUCAAGCAAGACCUCACCUCUCAUGCCGGUCCAAUUGCUCUCUCCAUGUUUACCAGCACUCACUAUGCUGGAAAGGACCUAGGAAUGGAAUUCAAAGAAGGGGAAGCAUGGAAAAAGGUUUAUGGCCCUGUUUCUAUCUAUCUUAAUUCUGUUUCAGCCGAUAAAGAUUCACUCACACUUUGGGAAAAUGCUAAAGACCAGAUGCAAGAAGAAGUUGGACAAUGGCCAUACAAUUUCCCUCAGUCUGAAGAUUUUGUUUAUGCUGAUAAACGGGGUUCUAUCGGUGGUCAGUUAUUUAUCCGUGAUCGAUACAUGCACAAUAAGCUUAUUUGGGGUGGCUUUGCAUAUGUGGGUUUGGCAGCACCUGGAGAUGUAGGAUCAUGGCAAAAGGAAAGCAAGGGGUAUCAAUUCUGGACUCAAGCAGACAAGAGAGGUUAUUUCUCAAUUACAAAUGUCCUACCUGGAAAUUAUAGUCUGUAUGCAUGGGUUCCUGGCGUUAUUGGUGAUUACAAAUAUAAUGAUAUUAUCACCAUUCAAUCAGGGUCUAAUAUGACAUUGGACCGUAUUGUAUAUGAACCUCCAAGAAAUGGUCCUACUCUUUGGGAAAUCGGUAUCCCUGAUCGCUCUGCUGCUGAAUUCUACAUACCAGACCCCUAUCCUACACUUAUGAAUGAAUUGUACAACAAUCAUCCAGAGAAGUUUAGGCAAUAUGGCUUGUGGGAGCGUUAUGCAGAUUUAUAUCCCAAUAAAGAUCUCACCUACACAGUCGGCGCUGAUGACUACCGAAAAGAUUGGUUUUUCGCCCAAGUAACCAGGAGUGCAGCAAAUGGAACAUACAAAGCAACAACAUGGCAGGUUAUAUUCACACUUGAAAAUGAGCCAGAGACUGGAAAUUACACUCUCCGACUAGCAUUGGCCUCAGCCACUGAUUCUGAAUUGCAGGUUCGGUUCAACAAUGAGACAGCCAAAGCUCAUUUCACAACAGGGCUAAUAGGCAAAGACAAUGCCAUUGCAAGGCAUGGAAUCCACGGGCUGUACUGGUUGUAUAGCAUCGAUGUGCCAAGUUCACUUCUUUUCAAAGGAGAAAACAAAAUCUAUUUUACUCAAUCAAGAAGCAUAAAUCCUUUCCAAGGAGUUAUGUAUGACUAUGUCAGACUAGAACGACCUCCUCAAACUUAAUUAGUUUUGUAAUUAUUAUUGUUCUUGUAAUUAAUUUUCCCUCGUUCACACACACAGCCAUUUUAUUUUCUCAGCCCCAAAAAAAAAAUAUAUAUAUAUAUAUAUAUUAUAUCCUAGAUAUAUAGCUGAUUUAUAUCUCUA